GUAGAACUCAAUCCAUAGAUAAUAAAAUGGAAACUGUGGCAAGAAUGAGUAUCACGGAGUUUCAACUAUUGACUGUAGCUUGCUUGUGCAUGGGAAUGAUCAUCUAUGUCACCACCGUUGACAAAUCUUGCCAUCCAAGAAUACAUCCCGUGGAUCCAAAUCACCCUCAAGUUGUUGGCAAUGCCAGAUUUGCCAUCGCAACCCAAAACAACCAAACCAACGGCCAUGGUGGUCAACUAGGGUUAGAGUUCAAAUAUGUGAUAAGGGCAGAGAGGGAAUAUCAGUAUGUAUGUGACUAUAUUGAUCAUCUUGUGAUUGAAGCAUCCGAUGGAAAGAAUGGGAGCUCUCUGUACGAGGCAGCAGUUCGAAUGUCAAAUGUGGGUUUCAGGACGUUGAAGUCUCUUGAAUUCUUUCAAGAGAUGAAAGAAAAAUUAGAUUUCAAUUAA